UAGAGACUGAUAAGCAACAAGAACUUUAGUUAAAUACAAAAGCCACCCGCAAUGCCGGAAAGAAAUCAAAGGCAACAAUGAAGUCGCUGCGGUUCAUUAGUGCUGAGGCAUUGGUAUCAGAUGCACAGCUUGCCAGGAAAAGUAUCAGCAGCAUUGCAAAUAACCUCUUUCCUCUUCUUUUUAAGGCCAGUUAUUUAUUGGAGCAAGGGGAAGUGAUUCAUGAUCUUGUGGAAAACUGGCCACUGGAAGACUUUAAUAUAGGAAAACUGUUGGGGAGAACAGUGGAUCACCAGGAAGACAUCACCAGCAGAGCGUGCUGUGUGUGUUUGGAGAAUUGUCUAACAGGGCUGAGAGAUUACGUGCUAAAUUGCUCUUCUACAUACGCAAAGAGACUGAAAGUGGUGGACCUAACAGAAAUAAAAGAUGUUGAAUUUCAGCUUUGCAAGUGUAAGAAGACAAUGGGAAGGUGGGCCAGGACAGAGCUGUUAUCCAAGCUCUGCUUUGAACUCCUUGUUGAGAUGCAAAGGGUGCAAUUCGAUCCACGUAUCUUUGACAUCCGUAUCGACAUCCUCAUCAACCUGUUUGUCACAGAGCGGAACUAUGAGCUGGUAGUCCAGGCCUUGCUGAUGAAGUGUCACUGCCCACUAAAGAUUCACUGUGUGGCAUUCAGAGCUGACAGUCUCGCUUUACGGAAGUUUUUCUACAUUAUAAAGCUCACAGACCCCUCUUCGCUGCGCAAGCUGGAAAUUGUUCACAAUGUUCGCCUGGAAAUGGAGCACUUGGAAAUGCUGCUUGCCAGUGUCCACUUUCCUCUACUGACAUCACUUACCCUGCCGGCCAGAGCAUUCAAUGUGGCGAGGCUGACAGCAGAGGAUGAACCAAUCCUUACCAACAUUGGAGAAAAAAUUAGCCGAAUGACACAGCUGACAGAGCUGAGCCUGGCAUUCUCUACACUUACGGGAAGAAUACGUAAACUGCUCAGCCCACUGAAAACCCCUCUGAAGCUGCUAGAUGUUUCUAACUGCUCCUUGAACCAUGCCGACAUGGCCUAUUUAUCCAACAGCAUCCAUUCGAACCACUUAGAAGUACUGGAUCUCAGCCGGCAUGAUAUAGCUGACCUCUACCCAUCCACCUUCUUCAAGCUCCUCACCCACUCUGCUUAUACUCUGAAGAGUCUCACCCUUGAGGAAUGUAACAUUCAAGACAACCAUGUCAACAUGUUGAUUUUGGGCUUGAGCCCCUGCCAGAAGCUACAAGAAUUUAAGUUCCUUGGAAAUCCCCUGUCAACCCGGGGUCUUAAACGCCUCUUCAGUGUUUUUAGUGACUUGCCAAUGCUGAAAUACAUUGAAUUCCCAGUUCCCAGGGACUGUUAUCCUCACAACAUCACUUACCCUAUUGAUGAUGCCAAUCUUACAAAAUUUGAUCAUCAAAAAUAUGAGGCUGUAGCAGAAGAACUUAAGGCUAUUUUACUUCAAGCAAAUCGGGAGGAUAUAAGGGCUUCAACCCCACUCUUUGGAGGCUAUGACGCAGCUAUUCAAGAGACUAGCAAUGAAUUAGGAGCUCUCUUGCUGAAAUCUUUCAAAGAUACACUAGAAAACUUUACCGCCUCUCUUCAAAAAAUGAGUUAAAGUAAAAAUGUUGUGAGGACGGCUCAGCUUAACUGGGGGUAAAUUUAAUAUACUUAAGGAGCCCCAUAACAUGGCAUUUCCACUAAUUAAUCACAUUUAUCUUUGUGCUGAUUCCCAGAUUGUAUUUUCUUUUUACCUGUGGAGCUAAUGGACAGCAUAUGCAUUUUUAACCAUAUUCUGGUUUGUACUAACAUAAAGGCCACUUUCCAGAAGCAUCUUUCCCAAAUAUUUUACCCUAAAUCACAAAUAGUGCUUCCAGUGACUUCAGUAAAACAAAAUGUGAGUUUGACCAAUCUAGUUUAGUCUUUGCCUACUCAUGGACUGGGUUGUGCCCUCUUGCAGAUAUGCUGGGCAAUUCCCUGAGAGGGCCUAACUCCACUAAUUACAUUUUGCAAAGUUUCAUCCAACUUUGACACUAGGGUUUUUCACCCUGUAGAAGACAUAGGGAUUUAGGGCAUCUGUACAAGUGCUCAGGCGGGGGGCGCUUUAAUUAGAGUGACUCCUGAGAGCUGCUCUAAUUAAAGUCCCUGCAGCAUCUCAUGUAUUCAGUAUACCAUGCUUCAAAAUGGCGGUGGGGGCACUUUAACUAACGCUUAUUUG